AAUCAGAAUCUGAGGUGCAACUUUCAAAUCUGCUCAGAGUCAAAAGUCUUCCGCAUAGCAAUGAAGCUACUUAGCUAAGUUAGUAACUUAGCGCUAAAACACUACUCUCUUAAGUAAUAAGUAAGUUUAGGUUAUUAUGGAGAACAUUCACCAGGAGCAGGCUUGCAGCACUGGGCUAAGGAUGUCCAUCCUCCGGAGAAAUGCGUCCAACUUAUUACCAGACCUGUGUUCCAAUUGCUCAGUUUGUAAAAUUACCGAUGAGACCUUUCCCUACAUGUCAGGAAUUUUUGAUGAGACUAUUGAUCCUUCUUUCAUGUCAAAUGGACCAGUAGCUGUCAAAGAUUUGCCUGAUCAGGACCAGUUAAAAACAGUUACAAAUACUCAAGAUGAGGUUAUUUCAGGAAAUCAAGCAAAUGAUGCAUACAACAGCUGGCUUAGUUUGCCAAUAGAGAAUGGUCAUUCAGUAGAUUUCAGCAUGUCAAUUACAUCUGCACAGGAAGACUGUGAAGGCAUUAACAAUGUAACCGAAGCCAAUCCAAAGGGAGAUGUACCUGAUGUCAGCUGUCAUUCUCUAGAGGUCACAGGUUGUACAGAAAAAUCAAAGAAUCAGUCAAAGAAUAGUACUUUUGAUCUGGCUAAAGACCUUAAAGAGAGAUUUUCUGGAUUGAAUUUGACCAAACCUGUUCCAAAUGAAUCAACAGGGUCAAGCAAUGUUACAUUUGAAAAGUCAGUAGAACUUCAAGAAAAGUCUUCUGGGCUUAGUUGUACUAUUUCUAAUGAUGAUGCAAGUGUGGAAGAAAAGAAUUUAAAUGAAAAACGUUUAAAUUCAACUGUUGAUGUUUGUGGUCUCUCCAGCUCUAAAACAGAGCAGACCUCUAAUCAGAAGCUCAAUGGAACUGUAGAGAUUACUCAGUUAAAUGGAUCUAAACAAGAGCAGAACAAUGAAGAGCGUGUAUGUAGUAAGGACUGUGAGACGCAAAGCACUUUUACAAAGGCUACAGAGGAGACCAAUGCAACUGUUGACUUGACUGAUGGGGUUUCUCUGCCUGGUUCUGAAAAUGUGGAACCAGUUGAUGGAACAUUCAAUAAACACAAUACAACCACUGACCUCUCACCUCCAGAGCCUGUUCCUGAUUUGACAAAUGCCACUAUGAAUAUGAUCAAAAGCACUAACGCAGAAUUACCAACACAGUCCAAAACUAACUGUUGCGCGACUGCAAAAGACACACCUGUAUCUGGACCAUCGGCUCCAGUCAACAAUGCUGCACCAGUGAGAGUUGAUGUGACCGUUUGUUCUGAUGAAGCUCUAGAGCUUCCCGAGACUGAUGGUAAAGAAGAGCAACAGGACAUGUUUAGGAGAAGGAAUGGAACUUCUGAUGGUGAAGGUUACCUCAACUUGGACAUAAGCCAAAGUAGUAUGUUUUCACUGGAUGAGAUGCUGGACUUGAAACCAUGUCCAUUAGUCGCAUCAACGCCUAUAGUCCUCGGAAGAGGCUUUGAAAGACUGGGCUCUGCAAGGCCCACAAAUAUGCAAAAACAACUCCCUGUGAUCAACAGUAUUAACACCCAGUUGAGCGAUGACAUGGCUGGCGUUAGCGAGCAUGAAGGACCGGAUGUAUCAAAGUCGAAUCAGUUGUCUGUCAAGUCUGACACCUGUAGUCAGAUGCAGAAAGUUGCAGCAAAUGGCACGUCCAAUUCCACUACCUCUGAAGCAGCGAAUGUGAACAAACCUCUAUCAAAACUUGCAGUCAGAAGAAAAAUUCCCCAACCCUCUUUUAAAUCUAAUAUUCCCAAGUCCCAGCUCCCUCCACGGCCUCACCCCUUACAGGUAACAUCAGCAGUUGUUAAAUCAAAGACUGCAGCAAAAGCACAAGCUUUAAAUCAGCCAGAGACAUCUUCAUCUGCUCUGCACAGCAUGAGGAGGACAGUCCAGCUCAAUAAAGGGAAAAAUCUUGCUUCUGCAAAGAACAUUUCUACAGCUUCUACUCUCAAGUCUUCAUCUGCAGCUUUCUCCACCACUUCAUGUAUUCUGACUGCAGAUAAAAAGGCUGGAAAUGUGUGCAUGACCUUGCCUAAAGCCUCUGGGUUGCAACCCCCUGGUCGAGGGAGGUUUGGUCUUAGGCCACCUGGGAGUGCUGUUUCCUCGGAAGAAACUAGUCACGCGCAGACUAACAACAAAACAACUGGUUUAUCAGGUAUAAAAACAAGGGCUUCGCUGCUUCCAGGUUUUACCCACAAGCAUGCAAGCAGUGAUGUCUUGCCAUUGGCCAAAAGGAAGAAAACUGAGCUGCAGAACCAGGCCUGCUGCGCUGAAGCUCCACCAGGCUCAGAGGCAGCAGAAGGUGUUCAGAAGAACAUCGCUACUCACACAGACCUCACAUCAAAGAGACCCAGUGCUGACUGUGGAAAGUGUAUACUACAUCAAGAGAAAUUACACAAACUUCAUGAAGAACUUGGGGGAUUUCUUCAAGAACUUGGUCGACAGCCAGCAGACUGUAAAAAAUGGGUUUCGCUUCCACAAACAUUGGAGUCAUAUUUAGAGGAGUUUAAGAGUUUACAAACAGAUCAUUGUUAAGGAAGAGAAACUUGGCUGUUCUACAAACCUGAUGUAUUUUGUAUAAUAAAAUGUAAUAUUGUUCAUAAAAAGAAUAACUUAUUGUUUUUCAUCAUAAUGUUCUUUUUAACAGAACUUCUAACUUUUCCCUUCACUUGUGAACUUGAAGCCCGUCAGGCAUUUUAUUAUUUUAGUCAGCAAACUUCUUGGUUUUACAUUACUCAAUAAUAUAUUAAACUAUACGAUUUUUGUUUGUUGGUGAUUUAUAAUUGUGAAUACACAAGAAAAUAGACUGUUCAAGAAACGUCAUUUCAAAUCAGUUUUGUAUUUAAAAAAGUUAAUGUCCAGUCAAAAUGGUAUGUUUCCUUUUUAAAGUAUGGUGACUUGAUAUUACAAGAAUUAAAGAUACAAUAA